AUGUCGACAAAAGCCAUGAAGAUACUCCUCCUGCUGCUGCUUCUCCUCGUGGUGUCCCACGCCGCUGCUGGGUCAGACACCGUGACGUGUCGGAAGAUGAAGGGCGAGUGUUCGUUCCUGCUGUGUCCCUUGUUUCAGAGAGCCGCUGGUACCUGCUACAAUGGACUGGCAAAGUGCUGCAGGCCCUUCUGGUGA